ACGCUUCGGUCGGGGGAUGUUUAUAAACUCGUGUUGUCUCUAGCAUCUUCUUUUUCUCUCACUCACUUCAUCUUCCUCUUGUCGGAAAAUUCUAGUCUCCAGACGAACGUUCCUCUCUCUCUCUCGGGCUCUUGAAUCGUGAAAAUGGCUACCUUCGGUGCGACGGCUAAUACUAAUCCCAACAAAUCCUUUGAGGUUACUCCGUCACCAGCAGAUUCAAUCAGCAGCUUGACCUUUAGCCCCAGAGCCGAUAUCCUUGUCGCCACUUCUUGGGACAAUCAGGUGAGGUGUUGGGAGAUAUCCCGUAGUGGGAACAAUCUAGCAAGUGCUCCUAAAGCAUCCAUAUCCCAUGAUCAGCCCGUCUUGUGUUCCGCUUGGAAAGAUGAUGGAACCGCUGUCUUUAGUGGUGGUUGUGAUAAGCAAGCCAAAAUGUGGCCCUUGUUGUCUGGUGGUCAACCUGUUACUGUUGCUAUGCACGAUGCUCCUAUUGUUGACAUGGGCUGGAUCCCUGGGAUGAAUCUCCUCGUUACUGGAAGCUGGGAUAAGACUUUGAGGUAUUGGGAUACAAGGCAGCAAACACCUGUGCAUACCCAACAGCUUCCAGAUAAAUGCUAUUCUUUGUCUGUGAAACACCCUCUCAUGGUUGUCGCAACUGCUGAUAGGAAUCUCAUUGUCUACAACUUGCAAAAUCCUCAGACUGAGUUCAAGAGAGUGGUGUCCCCACUCAAGUACCAGACGAGGUGUGUUACUGCCUUCCCUGAUCAGCAAGGAUUUUUGGUUGGUUCAAUUGAGGGGCGGGUUGGUGUGCAUCAUCUGGAUGAUUCUCAACAGAACAAGAACUUCACAUUCAAAUGCCACAGAGAUGGGAAUGAGAUCUAUUCUGUCAACUCUCUCAACUUCCACCCGGUACAAGGAACUUUUGCUACUGCUGGCUCAGAUGGGGCUUUCAAUUUCUGGGACAAGGAUAGCAAACAAAGACUCAAGGCAAUGUCAAGGUGCAGUCAGCCAAUUACUUGCAGUUCGUUUAACCACGAUGGGUCGAUAUUUGCAUAUGCGUCGUGCUAUGACUGGAGCAAAGGUGCAGAGAAUCACAACCCGGCAACUGCUAAAAGCAGCAUCUUCUUGCACAUGCCUCAGGAAAGUGAGGUCAAGGCGAAGCCAAGAGUAGCAACCGGCAGAAAAUGAGAUUAGCCUUUCAGUGAGAGUGGAUAAUGCUUUUAGCUGUCUUAAUAAUGUUUAAUAAUGUUAAGAGUCUUUCUUUCAUAUCAAGUAAAAGUAUCUGUCUUUCUAUCUUGGAUGUUCUCCUUUUGGCUGGCUCAGUUUGGAAUUGCUUUGUCUCAAGUACUAGUCUCUAAAACAUAAUGAAAAACUUUUGAGAUA